CUCCGCGAGGAGAAUGCAAUGCCAGCAACCGCCACGCGGGGCAUGGGGAAUCGUCUGCUCCCUUCCCCGGAGAGAGCGGGGCGGCGUUGCCCUGCUGUUGGGCGGACUCAGCCCAUGAGCUGCAAGGAAUAGUGCUUGAAACGCAAUCACUUUUCUCCUCUUCUAAGGAUGGUAGUCAGCCAUCAUCAUAAGUAAGACUAAAAAGAUGCACUUAGGUUACCCCACCAGGCAACGUAGUUGUGCUUUAGUAAAUACUCCAUCUCCAUGUGUUAACAAAGCUAUUCACCACAUUCAAGAUCUGGAAGUAAAGAUAGAAAACUACUUUCAGCAGUGUGAUCAUACGCUAGAGAAGAAAAGAAUUCCACGCAGGGCUUUAACCUUAAAGCAGGAAACAGAAUUGGUGUUAUCAGAGGUCACUGAGCUGAUUAAGCGACUAGAAGCUGAAUGUAAAGAAGCUGAAGAAGCUUUGAAGCUCGAAAAACAGCGAAAGAAAAAGCUUGCAAUGAAAAUCGAUUGUAUGUCAAUUUGGAGGCUUCGACACUUCCCCAUAGCUGUACAAAAAGAACAUGAUAUGUGUAUUCAAGAUAUCUCAGAACUACAGUGGCAUUUUGACUGUGCAAAUCGUCAGCUACAACAAGUAAAAACCCAAAUACUUAAGAUCGAGGCAGCUAAUGGAGAAAUUCAAGAGGAUAUAGACUUCAUGAAGAAAUACAGCCCUCUGCUGGAAGAAAAGCUGAAUCUUGAGGGUGAUUCUAUGAAAGAUGUAUUACUGACACAUGGAAAGGAAUCAAAAUUAUAUUAUGAUGUUCAUAGAGAACUUCUGAGACUCCAGCAGAUUUUAAAACAAGUCACUGAAGAAGUUGAGAAGCAGAGAGAAUCUAUGUCUGAUACAAUUAAAUAUGCUGAGAUAGUGUUGAAUCAGUACCAGAAUGAUUUAAAACAUUCAGAAUUUCUUUGGACUACAUUGUGUAAAAAGAUAAAAGAAACAGAGGAGAAGAUUACAAAGGAAGAAAGACAGCUUGAAGAGGUAGUGAAGCAAAAAGAAGAGGUACUGGAAGAUGUUAAAUACUGGAACAACAAAGUACAAGAUUUAAACAAUAAAAAAUUGGUUCAAGAAAAUGAGAACAAAAGUUUAUUAGAUGCUUGUUCUGAAGUGAUUAAAAUGAUUGAAGGUUUGAAAUCUAGCUGGGAAUCUGAACGGUUGAAUAUGAAACAAAUGGUCCUCAAUACUCUUCAAACAGUGGAUGAACUGGAAUGUGAAAAUAAAGAACUUGAGAGAGAAAAUGAAGAAUAUCUAAAAAAAUCCAGAGAGAGUUCAAGAAGAAAAAUAACAUAUCAGUCAGAACUGCAGAGUAUAAGCAAAAACAUCAAGAAAAUUGAAGAACGAUUACGAAAAGUUAAUAAAGAGCUAUAUAAUAUUGAAAUGGCUUAUGGUGAAGGAAAAACAAAAGUGGAAGAAUUAGAAGAACAAAUAAUUAGAGAAAAAAUUCGUUACAAGAAUUUGGAAGAGAACUUAAAAAAAUUAAUUAGAGAUGAAAGAGGAACUUGGCAACUGACGCAGGCCAGGAUUAAAGCAAUGUAUGCUGAGCUAGAACAAAAGAAAAAAGAAAGCAUUAAGACAAAAGAAGAAACUAUAAAGAGGAUUGCAGACAUCGAAGGACCAGUGGCUGAACUAGAGGCAAAAUAUAUUGAAAAUAAAAAUAUACAUAAAGAAAAUAUUGAGAAACUUUACAAGCUAAAUCUGAGGCUGCAAGAACUAGAGGAACAAAAGAAACAAGCAGAACAACAACUGGAAUACAAAAAGAAUACCAUGAAGAAUCAAUUAACUGAUAUACAGGAAAAAUAUUCAGAUGUUUCCAGUCGGCUAAAUGAAACUACUUACAUUAUUGAAAAUUUUCAAAACAGAAUAAAUGAAUUAAAUGGAUUAGCAGAGACAAAGCAAAGACAAAUGGAAACAACAGAGGAAUCUCUUAUAGAGUUGAGGAAAAAUUUUAGUGCUGUUAGUUCUAAGCAGGAGAAAAAGCAGAUGAUAGUGGAUUACUUCAAAAAUGAAUUAGAAAAAUAUGAGAAGAAAAUACAGCACGAGGAAAAAACAUAUGGAGAAUUACUGUGGACUAGACAGAAAAAUUUGGAAGAUAUGAAGAUUACUUUGGAGCAGAUGGUAGAAGAAAAUUUGUGGUUAGCACAAGAGUUUCAGAUCUUUCAGAUAUAUUAUUUAAAUGAUAAAGAAAACCUUAUGGAUCUCUAUGACGAUAGGGUCAAGAUGGAAGCUGCUGUUCGAGAUCAUCAGCAGCUCUCUGUGCUACAAAGCAGGAUGCACAGGGCAUUGGUGGAGUACUUCAAACAGCGAGGCCUCUAUAGCCAGGCUGGGCUGGCGAAGUUCCAGGCAGCCUCUCAUGAGAAUGCUCAGAAAAUAUUAGCUGUGCAGGGGGAGUUGUCAAAAACGAUCCAGCACCUCACUGCCUUCUUGCAUUCCUUGACAGAUGGCUCAUCUCCUAAAGACGACAAUGCAAACAACCAGAGUAUCUUGGAUGCCAAAGUAAAAGACAAGAAAAGUCACACAGUUCAGAUAACAGUGUAAUUGGACAUUCACCUGUUUGCCAUUUCACACUUACAUGGACGAAAAACUCACUCACCUCCCAGCAUGCUUUGCCUUUCUCUUACUUACAGCAAAUCCAUAACAAUGAAACAGGUGACUUUCAUGCUGCUGUCAGGAACGAUCUAAUUUCAGCUCUGGGUGACUGAUUGCAAUUGGCUUUGCCUCAUCUGAUAAUUAAUCUAUGUCACCAUUAAUUGGAAGAGAGAAUAAUUACAGGCGGGUGUUGACAGUGACUGUACGCUUCCCCAGAUUUCCCCAUCGUCUUGGCCCAAAUAAAGGCUUUGCGAUUCAGUACUUAAAGUUUAUGUAAACUGUAACAAUACCUAUGCCCAUGUGAUGCUUUCAGACACCCUGUCUAAUGUACUUUUAUUUUUGUGUUUACCAAUCUUUUUUAGCUCACUGAGAGCUGUCUCCCUCAAUCACUCCUCAAUGUUCUAUCUUAAUUUUGUGGAAGUUUAAAGUUUUCAAUGAGCUGGAGAUGAAUGAUUAAUGAAUAAAUUUAAAUGCUUCAU